CCGUCCACUUCGCACUAUCAUGUUACGUUGUGUAUUUAUUGUUCUAGCCGUAUUGGCGAGCAUUAGCCGGGCUGCGAAUAUUCUGUACAUUGAUGGAGUGGCAUCACCGAGCCAUUUUAUUUGGCACAAAGCUUUGAUCCACGGACUAGCAUCGAAAGGUCAUAAUGUGACGGUAUUGAGUGUCGAUAUUGAAGACAUCUCAAAACCAAAUAUAACAUACAUUAAAAUAGAAGGAGUUUAUGAAUUUUUCUAUGAAGACAGUGGAGAAAAUUUUGUUGACUUUUUCGAAAUGGGUCAAAUGAGUCCUUUUUCCGUCCUAUGGUUGUUUAAUGAAUACUCAACGCAAGGCUGUAAAUUAUCGUUAAAAUCGAAAGGUCUACGGCAGUUGAUGGACUAUCCAGAUGACUUCAGUGUCGAUUUGAUUAUUAGUGAUUACCUUAACGGGCCAUGUUUGGCUUCCGUAGCUCAGCAUAAAUUCGGUCGGCCGCCAUUCAUAACGGCUACUGCAUUUCAUGGACUGACCACGACAACUACAAUGUCUGGUGCCUAUUCGUACUCUGGAUCGGUUCCAAAUCACGAGUUUAACACUCCUCAGAGUAUGAACUAUUGCCAGCGUUUCAUGAACUUUCUCUACAACCAUUGGGAAGAACUUUUGAAGACGUAUGAAUUUACUCCUGCCAUAGAUAAAAUGGUUCGCGAGGUGGUUCCAGAUAUCCCAUACGUCGGAGAACUUGAGAAGGAUACUCGUCUCAUUCUGCUAAACGCAAACCCAGUCAUUCAGUACUCGGAAGCGUCGAUGCCAAAUGUAAUCCCCGUUGGUGGAAUGCAGAUUGUCAAACCAAAAGAACUUCCCGACGACCUGAUGAAGGUCGUUGAGAACGCUAAGAACGGUGCCAUUUUGUUCUCUCUCGGAACCAACGUCCGUAGUGAUACGCUCGGAAACGAACGAAUAAUUGAGAUUCUAAAUGCCAUGGGCCAAGUUCCAGAAUAUCAGUUUCUGUGGAAAUUCGAAUCGGACACCAUGCCAAUGGAAGUGCCAAAGAAUGUUUACAUUAGAAAAUGGAUGCCUCAGAACGAUUUGCUGGCACAUCCAAAUCUCAAACUUUUCAUCACCCACAGUGGACUUCUGAGUACACAGGAAGCGAUUUGGAAUGGGGUACCAAUUAUUGGAUUUCCGGUAUUUGCCGACCAACAUCAAAAUAUCAAUUACUGCAUCGAACAAGGUGUGGGUAAAAGGCUGUCCAUUAAGAAUGUGAAGAGCAGCGAGCUCGUCAACGCUAUUCGAGAGCUAAUGACGGACCGACGAUAUCACGAGAACAUGUCCUUCUUAUCGAAGCUCUUCCGGGAUCAGAAAGAGUCACCUUUGGAACGUGCCAUGUGGUGGGUGGAAUGGGUACUUCGUAACCCCUCGACACAUAUUCUGCAAUCUAACGCAGUUCAGUUGGACUGGCUCGUGAAAUAUUCAUUCGAUGUGAUUGUGCCUCUCGUGUUGAUGGGCGUGAUUGUGUUAUCAGUAUUAGUUAAGAUUGUACGAUUUGUGCUGUACAGGAAAGGGAAGCAGACGAAAACUAAGAGUGAAUAAAACCGGAUAAAGAUGUUAUUCCAUAAUCGUUGGAUUCUACAAGUGUAGCCCACCAUAAUUUGAUGUCGUUGUGCAUCUGUUUUAUAAACCAUAAGUAAACGGCAAAAAAACUCGUUAAAUUGGGCAAAGAUGACUU